AAAAAAACCCCACACCCAAACAGGAGGGAGGGGGAAUGAAAACUUCCGGGUCAAAUAAAGAUGGCCGCCUGCAUGAUCUGUCACGCUGCUUCAGCCAAAUAUAAAUGUCCCCGGUGUUUUGAGCGAUAUUGUUCAGUUGCUUGCUGCAAAAGCCAUAAAGAGAAAGAGUGCAUACCACAAGUACACACAGAGAACAUUGAUGACAAGAAGCCACUGAAGACUUGCACAGGAGGUGAAACAAAUUUGUCAUGGAGCUUUAUGGAAGAGACCGAAGACCGUGUUCCACAAGAGAAACUGCAAAAUCUGUGUAAAAGUGAGAAUCUAAAAGGUAUGUUGCACAACCAGCACCUGCGGGCCAUGAUGGAGAACUUGGUGAACAGUAUCGACCCCAUGGCAGACAUGGAGGAUGCCAUGCAGGAGCCCAUCUUUGUCGAGUUGGCAGAUGAGUGCCUCAGAAUUGUUGAAGGAGACAAGGAGCCUGAUAUGGCAUCAGUCUCAAAAUGAACUUUAAAACUGACUGUAAAAACAGAAGUGUGAAGGAGAGCACACGUGUGUGGGUGCAUGCAUCUUGGUGAUAAACUGCUGUGGGUGUGAAUUGGUAUCGUGUGGAUGAGUAGCCAAGUAUGGUAUUUAUGGGGAGAUGCAGUGGAGCAUUCUUCAGUUGUGUACAUACACAUGCUCCAACAUGUUGCUACCAGGAUAGUGUAGAAACUUCACGAUUCAGGUGUGCAGAAGUUCAGUUGUAUAUUCUGUAAUCUUUUAAAGUACAAUAAACAGAAAGGUAACUUUAA